AUGAGCUGCUGGAUAACAGCAAUGGCCCAUGCAGCCUUGUAUUUCUGUAGUCGCCAAGAGAAGUCUGCACUUUAAUUAGUAAGAACCUCCGAGAUGAUGCUGGGCAUGCCCCCUCGAGUGACCAUUCUUGGACAAGAUGACACCACUUUAGAAGCCUGCAUUCCAUGAGCAUGCUGGACACCAUCUUGAGGUGCUUCUCUGUUGCAGUUAUAAAACACUGCAGUUGAUGAGCUUAGGGGUGCAUGGUGGCAUUGUUUGGAAGGAAGUCUGCUGCACCCACUCCACCCCCAAAAUAUGACACACGUGUAGUGGACAUGCAAAGUGUCUGUGUUGGACCAACUCUAUUGACUGGAAGCAACCCAUGAAAAGAGCACACACAAAACCUCAGGUGGCUCUCCAUUUUUAUUGAAGUGUUCCAGCAAGUUUUCCUAUCCUGGAGAAGAAAUGGAAGCACAACAGAGCAAGCUGGAUUUUUUCCACAAGCUGGGCUAUGGGAAGGAGGAAGUAUGCCAAGUGCUGGAGAAGCUAGGUCAAGACACCUCUGAGAAUGAUUUACUACAGGAGCUGAUUCAGAUGGGGAGCAGGCCUGAGGAGCCUAUGAACUGGGCACAACAUUUGCACCUCAACCCUGCUGCCCAUGGAUCAUGCAGGGCUUUGCCAGUUUCCAAACAGUCUACUGAGGAAGAAAGUGAUCCCUCCAAUGACUUGAGAGCUAUUGUGAUUGAUGGCAGCAAUGUAGCUAUGAGUCAUGGAAAUAAGGAAGUGUUUUCAUGCUUGGGAAUUCAGCUGGUGGUGGACUGGUUCAAACACAGAGGUCACCAACAUAUCAAAGUCUUUGUUCCAUCUUGGAGAAAAGAACCAAGCCGAUUGGUUACCCCCAUUACAGAUCAGCAUGUCCUUGAAAAACUUGCAAAGCAAGCAAUUCUUGUGUACACUCCAUCCCGCAAAAUGAAAGGCAAAAGAGUGGUCUGCUAUGAUGAUCGCUACGUAGUCAAACUGGCUUAUGAACAAGACGGGGUCAUUGUUUCCAAUGACAACUUUCGGGACCUGCAGAAUGAAAAUCCUGAGUGGAAAUGGUUCAUCGAACAGCGACUACUGAUGUACUCUUUUGUCAAUGACAAGUUCAUGCCUCCUGAUGACCCCUUAGGCCGACAUGGACCCUCUCUUGACACUUUUCUCAGCAAAAAGCCAAUGAUCCCUGAGCCAAAAUGGCAGCUCUGCCCUUAUGGCAGAAAAUGUACAUAUGGCAUCAAGUGCAAAUAUUACCACCCAGAAAGACUGACAUGGGACCAUCGCUCUGUAGCAGAUGAACUCCGAGCCAAGACAAAGACCUACUCACUCACUCAGAGGACAGAGGAAGAGAAGAUGAGAACAAGCCCCAUAAAGAACAGAGGGGGAAAUACAUCACAUUUAGCUAGUCCGAGAAGUAAUAGUGUUAUUGAUAGCAGGAGUAGCUCAGCACACAGCUUGGCAGCAUUUCACAGUAAUUCCCAACAGCGGGAAGAAGACUUCAGAAGUUCAAGUGACUGGCCAAACAUACAUCAAAGCAACCGGCAGCCUGAAUCAACUGUAUUACCACAAGAGCAGUCAAGGCACACAGAAGCCAUGUCAACGCAGCUCACUGCAUUGUCUCUCAGGGCUAGGACCCAUUCUGGAAAUACUCUUGCAGGACGUGAUAAAUAUCAAGACAUAGUGGGUGAUCCACAUAGGGAUCAUUAUCUCAAAUACAACCAGAGUCCACCUCUGUCUCAUCACAGCCUGUGCCGGGAUUGCCCAUGCUUACAAAUAUGUAAUUUCCAAGGAUGCUGCAGGGUGCAAACACCGGCUGUCCAGAUCACACAAACACCUUCCAGUUUGUUAAAGGAUGGCUAUAAGGCCCAACCUAUAGGACAAUAUGGCUGUACGGUUUCUUCAGCUGAGUCGUUUUCAGACUGCAAGCAUGGAGAUAUGCAAUAUUCUGGAAAUCUGCAGGCCAGUUCUUACGACCCAUUACUUCUUUUGAAUUCCAGCUCAUUCAAAGUGCUAGAGCAUUACACACAUCCUUCUGGUACUGAGACCUGGCAGAAUUUGACUCUACACUCAUUUUCUGAAAAGAAAGCAAAUGUCCAGCAAACUCUGUGUUUUGGCUUCCCAUACAAUGCAGCAGACCAAGCUGUGUCUUCCUCCUACGCUAAUGUUGUAGGCCCAAGACACUUCAUGCCAUUAGUUCAAAGGCAUGGGACUGUACAUAGCAGAUCUCCCAACAGAAAGCCACGGUAAGAAGACUCCAACAUUCAACUCUAUGCUCAGCUUGCACAAGUCACUUGGUGCGAAGAACAAUAGCAUUUAUAUGCUAGACCUUACUUGUGCUUUAUUUAUAUUCUACAUCCUUACCUUACCCAUAUUUUUCUCUUCUGCCAUCUUCACAAACAGCGUCCUGACCUUCAAUCAUCAAGCCAGUGUGUAUUCUCUUUUAGAGGGACCACCUACAUACCAGUCUUCUUACAAAGCUUUUCCUAUAUCAAUGUUCUUCAACGUUGGGUCUCCAGACUACAACUCCUAUCAUCCCUGACCGCUGGCUAAGCUGGCUGGGGAUGGUGGGAAUUGUAGAUCCACAUUAUCUGGAGACCCAUGGUUGAAAAACACUGUCCAAGAUCAUCACCACAACCUUCCCUAUUACAAUUUAAUCCCAGUUAACCCCUUCCCCACAAACAUUUUUGCUAUUCCUUUAUCAAAACCAUCUUCUUUCAGCUUUUCUUGUCUGUGUUUGAGAUCUGUGUGGCACUUAUCCUCCUUACCAAGGCUACACUGGUGUUACACUAGAGUAAUAAAGAUGUGAAUGACAAAGGUACACUGCUAAACAUUUGGGGAUGUGCAUUGGGCAGUGCUGACAGGCUGGUCUCUCAGGUGUAUGUCCACUUAAUGUUUAGGAAUGCAUUUUGGCCAUUCACAUUUUGUGUGUGUUCUAUAGAGUACACAAGGAAUGCUCUAUGGCUGCUCAAGUAGCAUCUGUGACUAGAGCACCUUUUGCCAACUUUGGCUGGUGCUGCAGUUGAUCCAGAAUAUAGUGGAGGCUAGACUGUUGACUGGAACUCUCCAUACUGAUAAUAUUUCAACUGUGCUUAAGAGUUGCUAGGCACAAUUCAGAGUGGCCUGGGAUGAGGGCCUCCCUCCUCAUGUAUGGACUAGCAGGAGGGCCUUUUCUGUGAUGGCACCCCAAUAUAUAUUCUCCCCAAAUACAUUCAUCUAGAGAUCCUACUCUGCUAUCUUAUAGGCACUCAGUUUAAUAUGUGUUUUCCCGAGUGUUUGAUGGGAUAUUCCAUGGAAUCACUUUUUUAAGCUGCUGCCUAUUUUGCCAUGGUUCUGCCUGUUUUGAUCUUGCUUGCUCCAUUUUAAA